AGAUUUAAUUCCAGGAAAAAUGGAAACGGCUUCCCUUUUCGUCUCUUUCCGGCGACGUCUCAUCUGAGUUCUCACGUUCCUUCUCUAUCUAAAUUUCUUCAUUCCUUUGAGAAAACCGUCGAUUCAAUCAGCUUUUCCAGAGCACAAAACCCACUCAGUUGGGCUUUCUUCACGAUUCUUAACCUUCCCCUUGCCCAUGGCUUGUUUUUGUUGAGAUCCCCUUCUCUCCCCCCUCGCCCCUACGCCUUAAAAACCUUUGAUCCAAUCCUCGCUUCCAACGAUUCCGUUAUCUGUCAUCGUUCAAGCGCCUCGAACCGUUUCACAUUUGUGAGAUAACGCUUUCGCCCGCGAUCCACAAUGAAGAUUUCUUGUAGGGUCGUGGUCUCUUCGUUCUUUCUCUGCCUUCUCGCGUCUGGGUCGUUCUCAAUUGACGAUUUUCGUAAAGCGUUUCCUAUUGUAGAACCUGAUCCUGGCCAUACAAAACUUCGCAUUGCAAGGGAAGGAUUGGAGGCAAUCGAAAAAAUAAAAAAUCCCAUUGCUGCUGUUGCUGUGAUUGGUCCAUACCGCUCUGGAAAAUCUUUUCUGCUUAACCAACUUCUCUCACUUUCUUGUUAUGAAGGAUUUGGUGUUGGCCACAUGCGUGACACAAAAACAAAAGGGAUUUGGGUAUGGGGUACACCUUUGGAAUUGGAUAUAAAUGGAGUAAAAACUUCUGUUUUCUACCUUGAUACUGAGGGAUUUGAAAGUGUUGGGAAGUCAAAUGUAUACGAUGACCGGAUUUUUGCUUUGGCAACAGUAUUGAGUUCUGUCCUUAUAUAUAACCUGCCUGAGACGAUCCGUGAGGCUGACAUAUCUCGGUUAUCAUUUGCUGUUGAGCUUGCUGAAGAAUUCUAUGGGAGGUUUGUUAUUCUUACAUGCAACUACUUUUCUAAAGCAAAAUCUCCAUUUUUUUACUGGAUACUUUUUCAGGGCCAAGAUGUUGCCUUUGAACCUGCUAAGCUGUUGUGGCUUAUCCAGCGUGACUUUUUACAAGGUAAAUCUGUGAAGGAAAUGGUUGAUGAAGCUCUUCGACAUGUUCCUAAUUCUGAUGGGGACAAAAAUAUUGAUCAGGUUAAUCAGAUCAGGGACUCUUUGGCUAUCAUGGGGGAUAACAGCACAGCAUUUAGCUUGCCACAACCUCAUCUCCAAAGGACAAAGCUUUGUGACAUGAAAGAUGGUGAGCUCGACCCAGCUUAUGUUACAAAGAGAGAGCAAUUGAAGGAACUUGUUUCUUCUGUGAUCCGCCCGAAGAUUGUGCAGGGCAAACCUUUGAAUGGGAAGGAGUUUGUAUCAUUUUUGGAGCAGAUUCUUGAAGCCCUGAAUAAGGGAGAGAUUCCGUCAACUGGCUCUCUUGUGGAUGUCUUCAACAAGGGUAUUCUGGAGCGUUGUGUGAAACUAUACAGUGAUGGGAUGGCUACAUUGAAAAUACCUGUCCCAGAGCAAUCUCUGCAAAAGUUGCAUGAAGAAUUUAGAGAAGAAGCAAUGAAAGUAUUUGAUGAGCAACAUUUUGGUCGGCACCAUGCAAAGAGAUCAAUUGAACAACUGGAUGAAGAAAUUGAGAAGGUGUAUAAGAACUUUGUUAUGGUAAAUGAAUAUCAAUCUUCAAGGUUGUGUGAAGCACAGUUCAUCAAAUGCGAGGAUAAAAUGGAUCAGCUUCAAGUGCUUAGACUUCCUUCCAUGGCAAAAUUUAAUGCAGGUUUCCUCCAAUGCAACCAAAGCUUUGAGAAGGAGUGUGUUGGACCUUCUAAAAACAGUUAUAAGCAGCGAAUGACAAAGAUGCUGGGAAAGUCAAGAUCUCUAUUUAUUAAGGAAUACAAUCACAGGCUAUUUAAUUGGUUGGUGGCCUUCUCCCUUGCCAUGGUGGUGGUGGGUCGCUUCAUCAUAAAGUUUAUUUUGAUUGAGAUCGGGGCAUGGAUACUUUUUAUCUUCUUAGAGACAUACACAAGGAUGUUCUGGUCGGCAGAGUCUCUUUACUACAGCUCAGUUUGGCAUUUUAUUGUGGGAGCCUGGGAAACACUUGUUUACAGCCCUAUCCUUGAUUUAGACAGGUGGGCUGUUCCCUUUGGUGUCGUUAUGGCAUUGUUCGUGCUCUACUGGCGGUGUUAUGGGAGGAGGAAACAUGGUGUGCGUUGGCUUUUACCGGUGUACAACAAUCACAAAGAUCGAAGAUCAGACUAAUAAAGGAAUAGUAACUAUGCUCUAAGCAUCUGUCCUUUGUCGUCAUCUUCAUCGAUACUGUGGUGAGCUUUUCGAUUUUACAAGUAAAGCCUGCCAGGUUACCGGGUUUUUGGUUCCCAAAUAGCAACGAAACUCGACACCCAGAAGAGGCAAAGGACAAGAUAAGGACUGACGGAUCAUGCUGCAGCUGCAUCUGUGGCAAUUAUCUCCAUGAUUUGCAUUACCCUUGUAUACAUUUGAUAUUUGAUAUGUUGUACAUCACCUGAAACGUGUUUUAAUUUUCAAUGGUGCAGUCUCUUGUUGGGCUGGUUGAUUCAGCACUUCAAAUGGCUACUGGCAUUUGUUUUAGCAGGAAAGCAAUUUUGCUUCUGCUUAGUCAUGGUGGUGGCAUCAUGUAAAAUCCAAAAUACCAUGAACAGAAUUUGAAUGUUUCAAUCUCAUAUGUCAUAGGAUUUGAUUUUUUUUUUUUUUUUUUUACUAAGCUUUCAAAUGUAAAUGUAACUUCAGCUCGUGUAAGUAAUCGAAUUACAUAUAUUCUUUCUGUUA